GCUCAGUGCUCAAUGAUUCCACCUCCAAGAGGUAGAAGACCAUUCCUGACCUUAGUUUACCCGUACUCACUAAUAAUCCCCCAUUUGUCUGGAGCUCAAACCUCUUAGAACGGGAGGUGACCAAUGAGCGGAACCAGCCGCGCCCCCUCACACAGCCCCAGACGCCCCGUGCCCUGCAGCCGGCUGCGGUACCGGGCCCUGCGGUACCGGGCCCUGCGGUACCGGGCCCUGCGGUACCGGGCCCUGCGGCCCCGCCUCUCCCGUCCCGACACGUCCCCGCCCCUGCACGCAGCCAUGGAGGCUCCGCACAGCGCGGAGCCGCCCGCCGCCUGCCCCCGUGCUCCCCUGGAGCCGCACAGCCGGGCGCCCGCUGCCCACAACCCACGGGAUCCGCAGCACAGCGCGCAGGGGGAGCUGGGCACAGAGCCGGGCCCUGGCAGCGAGCAGCCCAUCGCCCCGGGCACAGGCUGUGACACACAGACAGAGCUCUCCAAGCUGGGCACCUCGAACCAGGAAUAUUACCUGAAGCUGGAGGAGCUGAAGAAUGCCCACAUGGAGACCAUGGCUAAAUUAGAAAGCAUGUAUCGGAACAAGCUGUAUCUACAAGGAGUGAAGCUUUUGGAGAGGAACAACACUAACAGUGCAACUUCCUAUGUCUGCUGUAGGCCAACCUGGGAGAAGAGCACGUAUCAGCCUCUAAGUCUGCCCAGAUCCUUCUCUGACUCCAGCAUUAGCGAUCCCUUUGGCUCAGGUGUGUCUGGUGAGUCCAACAGAGAACUGCCAUCUGAAGACAGCUGCAGUGAAACCGGAUCAUUGUUAUUUGCUAAGGAGAGGAUUGCAAGGAUGUGGGACGGCUUCUCGGUGGAUGACUACCUUCCCCCCAGGAAGCACAGCCUGCCCAGAGCCCCGGCUGCCAGGACAAGACAGAAGCAGAAGGCAUGGUCACCAAAAGUCACGGUGCCCAAGCCUUUCCAGAUGACAAUUAGAGAAGCCAGAAGAAAAGAACAGAAUGUCAAAUCCAAGUCACAGAUUGAGAUAGAAAAUAACCUACUGAAGAAGCAGCUGGAGGAAGAAGCAGAGUGUCAGAAAAAGUUCCGAGCCACUCCAGUGCCCGCUGCCGUCUUCCUGCCCCUCUACCGUGAGAUCGUGCAAAGGAAUGAGGAGCGCAGGAAGACUGUGAAGGAGAGGAGCAAACUCAAGCUCUUGGCUUCUCAGAAGCCGUUUAAGUUCAUUGAAAGAGAGAAGCAAAGGGAUGAAAUCAGAAAAAUGCAAUUGAGAGACCUCUCUACACCUGAAAGGCAAACAAAACCAUUCAAAGCAAAGCCAGUUCCCAGGUGCGUUUAUAGCCCGUCUGUUAGAGACAAGCUGCAGGAGGAAGAGCUCUACAGAGAAAUCCGGAUUAGAAUGAGAGCUGAGGAGCUGCUGCGAAAUGCAUCUGUGCCCACCAGCAGGCUGGCUUCCAAGGAUGCCAACAAGAAGAAACACAAGUGUGCUGAACCAAAGGAAACGGAGCGCCAACCCAAGGUCCAACACAGCGUUCCAGAUUUUGACCGGCUACACCAGAAGUUUCAGAAACGGCUCCGGCAGCAGCAGCAGGUGAAACACCUCACGGUGUGCGAGCCGUUCCAUCUCCGCACUCCGUACAUUCCCUCAAACAAGGGGAAGGUCUUGAGAGACAUUCAAGAGGAUGAAGAAAGGCUGAAAGAAACACGCUGGCCGUACGCCUCUCCAAGGCGCAGACCCCAAACCAGACAGUCGAGCGCCAACUCACCUCUCUCAGGAUCUGGAGAAUCCAGGUCGCCAAGAGUCACAUGGUCCUCACAACGAAGGCUGCAGGCCCUAAGGAAUUCGCAUGAGGAAAAGAGAAGGCUGGAAGAACAACAGAAAAGGAACAGGACAAAGCAGAAACAAAGAACAAAGAAACUGCAGAAAAUUGUCACGACUCGGGCUGAGGCCAACGACCCCCAUCAGAGCCUCGCUCAGACCUCUAAAUCCAAACUAAAGGCGUUCAGGAACUCCGCCAAGCAGAGAAUGCAGGAGUAUUUGCAAGAGUUACAAGAGAUGGAAGAAAGAGUAAAGCAAAGGCCAUUGCUCUUGGAAAGAGUAACACAGAAUAAUGCCAGAAUAGCUGCAGAAAAAUAUUAUUCUAACAGACUGAGAGCUCUGGGGGUGUGCCCAGACUUGGUUUCCAAGAAAGGACAAACAACUAAAUUGCAAGAGUACUGCAGUGCUGAAGAUUUUGAUGCCAAAGAAAGAGUCAGCAAGGAUCAAGUGAAAGGAAGGGAAUUCUUUGAGGAAACAGCCAGCAUCAGUCCCCAGUCUGAGCAAUCCUUUGAGGAAGAGAAGAUAAAAGGCAUCAGAACUCCCAGCUGGGAUGGUGAAUCUGCUGAGGGGGAGGAAGAGGAAGAGACACCAGCCAGCCCUCAGGUUCAGCAGCCUCACUGUGAAGAGGAGGCCAGAUCCAGCCCCACCUCCAACCAGCACUGUGAAGAAGAGGAGCAGAAAGAAGAAAAGGAGGAGGAAGAAGCAAAGGCAGGCCUUCUGCUUGGCCAUUCCCUGGAGGAAGAGAAUGAGGAAGAAGAGGAUAGGUCAAGACCCAGCUCUCAGUCUGGUCAGUCCAAUGGACAGCAAGAGGAGGGUCAGUCUGACCCCGAAGCUGAGGGUGCUUUCCAGUAUGAGGAUGAGGAAUAUGAAAGUGAUGAUUCUGAUGAGAAGCCCAGUGAUGAGGAGGCUGACUGAAGGGAAGGCAGAUAGGGCAGCCUGGUGCUCUGGAACCUAUUUCAUUGCUGGCAUUGAAAUAGAUACCAAAAUCAUGUCACAGAAUUGUAGGGGUUGGAAGGGACCUCUAGAGAUCAUCGAGUCCAACCCCCCAAUGUUUUUUACUACUAAUAUAAGAAAAACAGUGAAUUUAAAACUCUUAGCUUAACAGUCUUUCCAGCACAGAAAUUGUGUUGAUUUUCCAAUAUGAAAGAUUAAGUUAUUCAUCCCCACCAAGAAAAAAAUCAGUUAUUUUACAUUCCUCUUCUUUAAUCUAGACUUCAGUGCCACCCAUGCACUACUGUUCCUAGAGUUUUCAGCAACCAGUGUUUAAUAAUGUCUUGUGAACUGUGCUGUUAAGUACUGAGGUCUCAGCACAUCCAGCAGUAACUUGCUCUUGCCUCCCCGUUUCAAACACUGAGGCCCUUUUGGGCUCUGUUCCUGCAAUAUCUUCUAGGACGGCAAUGAAGCAACAAGGGUUUGUUGUCCAAGACCUCAGGUUGUGUUUAGUAGAGCAGCUACAAGGAAGACCAUUGUGGUCAGACAAAACAGCCAAGCUUACCUGUUUGGCUCCCCCCUCCUGUCUGCUCCCACCAGCAAGCUGGAUUGGCUCAAUGAUGGGCCAGGAGAGUGCCAGGGUCAGAGGAGAAGGAGGUGACUGCUUCUGGAGGAAACUAGUUGUUAGAUGGGUCAACAUGAAUGUUUUGUGCAGCUAAUAUAGGAAUAGUAUUACUGUUACUGAAGGCUUGGCAUAUAGAGGAGAAAGAAAUGCACUCAAAUACAUUGAGAGCCAUCAUUUUUAGUUUUCACUGAGCUCUAACACUGAUAGAACAAGUGAGGUAGAAGAAUAAAGCUUCCAAAAGUUGUUCUGCCCCUGAUUAACUUGAUAUAAAUGUGAACAGUUGCACAAUGCAGCAUAUGGAGCAGCUGCUGAGGGAUUUUGAUGAUCCCCAUGAAGGAUCUAAAGGACUUACCAUGUUGUAAAGAGCAAACAUUUCAGGGCAGCAACCUGACUUCCAAGCUUCCAAACGACGGGUGAAUGAGUUGCAUUAAUAGGUGUUACUUUUGCUCUGUGUCACUCAUGUCACUCGUUGCUAUAUCUUAAGGAAUGCAACAUACAAAGACAAACAGGCACUCAGUUAGUAUCAUUUGUUUAAUAAAGUCUCCUCUGUUUUUAAAAAAGUGUACAAGACAGCUGUGUUCUGCAUGACAAACAACUAGCAUCUGAUCUUUCCUUUUAAUAACUUAAGCCAUGCAGAAAGACUAGCCUGCCUAACUCAGUGUUACACAGCAGCUGAACAAUAUGCCCAAAUACACACAGACCUUCAUGCUGACAUGGAAACAGGUAGCACGUGACAUCACAGAGUGAGGAUCAAAGUACAAGCUUGCUCGAAUGGUUUUUAGAAUUCAAGUGUAAGUUUAAGGAAAACCCCUGAUUUAUUUUUGAAAUGUAGCUUAUGUACCCAGAGUGAAUGUUCUGCUACAACCUGCCUAUGGCUAUCCUUUAUUCGGCAGCCAUGUGAAAACACAUACACAGAAAUGUUACAAGUCCCUUUUACUACCGGUACUACACAUUAACAACUGAAUCUGAUAGCAUUGCUUUGGUUGUUUCAAUACAGAAUGAUGUAAGUUUC